AUGGUUCCACUACAGCAGUCGUAUAGCCAUCAUCUCUCCCAGCCAGCCACCAUUGCACUCUCCUGCUUCGUCGCCAUCUGCCUUCUCUUCUUCCUCGCCCUCAGUUACACACUCCUGCGUCAUAGAUACACUGCCAUUCCGACAACAGGUUACGCUUUUCGUCAAUUAUCCUAUGACACCUUCGACUCUCAGACUGCAGCUCCCUCAAUACUCCUCGACGAGCAGUUUGUUCAACCUCCUAGUUCAACUUGUCGUUCCACCACCCUCUCUCCCAUCCACGAGAUCCGAAAUUCUCGAAUUCUCGAAAUUCCCGUACUCCCUCACCGACGUUAUUCUGCUCCAAAGUCUGUUCAAAAUCUAUGGCAAAAAGAAAAACAUUUCCUUCGUCGACCCGCUAACAGCUGCAUUCAAUUCUCUCAAUCACUCGUUUAUUCUCCCACCCUCCAUCUCUCCAUCAGCUACGUCCACACUGUUGAAUUGUUUCGAGUGGUGGUAGACAGGGUUACCGGUCUACCUCCACCCGAGGGGAUCCCAAUGAUCUACACGCUACAAGUCUGCAUCAUGCCUCGAUCAAGAACCAGUGCGUAUUUGAGUAAACCCAUGGUCACUCCAGCAGUACCGGACUACCCUAAGUUCGACCACCUAUUCGAGUAUGCAGUAAGCCUGCAGCGCUUGGAGCGAGCACGUAUCGAAGCAACACUAUUUGCUAGGCCCUGGACGAAUACCUUGGCGUAUGGACGGAGGCGGUAUACAGUGGGCGCGAUCCCCUACGUCUCUUCGGCCACUUCCGACGCUACCGGCACCGUCACUGUCGGAACACGAGCGGAGGUCAACCUGACCGAGUUGAUGCGAGAGUACAAGGAAGUAGGCAAGGCGGAAUUGGUGCUGGACACGGGUCUGUUGCGUAGCAACCCAACGGUGCUGGAGCAUUUAACCCUGCCACUCAGCCUUUCCAAGGAGGAGGUGGUGUCGGGGGUGAAGGCGAAGGGGGCAAAGGAGUGA